CUUGGUGUGGCUCUUCCUGCACCCGCCCCCCGAGCUCCCAGGGUGGGAAGCGGGUCUCGGCGUCCGGGGCUGGUUGUACAGACGCCCGGGUCAGAGGCGGGGACAGGGCCAGGACAUUGGGGUCUGGUCUUCAGCAGGGAGGUUCCACCCGCCCCUGAGUCCCCGGGCCUGCUUCGGUUUUCCUUUGCAUCUCAACGGGGCCAGGCCCCUUCCCUCUGCCCCCCACCCCCACCCCUCAUCCCCGCUGCAGUGGUUGAAGUCUGCUCCCAUCCCACUGUUCUUUGUGACCUUUCACCAGCUGCCCGGCUGCCUUCAUGCUGCCCCUGCGCCUGCGCCGGCUGUGGCCCCACAACCCUCCCACUCGGUUCUUCGCAGCGGCCGCCCGGCAGCGGUGGUUGUCAAGCGUCGCUGUGCAUAACCCAGGCGGGGUGUGGGGAGCUUACAAAACUGCAGAUUCCUGGGCGCUGCUCUGGAGAUCCUGAUUUGCAGGAAUGAGGUUUGGGCCUCUCUCCACAGGUCUGGCCCCAGUAACUACUAUGAACUGUUGGGGGUGCAUCCUGGUGCCAGCGCUGAAGAAGUUAAACGAGCUUUCUUCUCCAAGUCCAAAGAGGAUAGGUCAUGGGAAGGGAGAUGAGGGGAGUCCUGCCCCACCCCAGCUGCACCCUGACCGGGACCCCAGGAACCCAGCCCUGCACAGCCGCUUUGUGGAGCUGAGUGAAGCGUACCAAGUGCUGAGCCAUGAGCAGAGCCGCCGCAGCUAUGACCACCAGCUCCGCUCGGCAGCUUCCCCAAAGUGUCCAGGAACCACAGCCCAUCCCAGGUCUGCUCAUCAGGCACACAGCAGCUCCUGGGCACCCCCCAAUGCAAAAUACUGGGCCCAGUUUCAUGAAGUGAGGCCUCAGGGACCAGAGUCAAGGCAGCAGCAGCACAAGCACAACCGGCGGGUGCUGGGGUACUGCCUCCUGAUCAUGCUGGCAGGCAUGGGCCUGCACUAUGUUGCCUUCAGGAAGCUGGAGCAGAUGCAUCGUAGCUUCAUGGAUGAAAAGGAUCGGAUCAUCACAGCCAUCUACAAUGACACUCGGGCCCGGGCCAGGGCCAAGAGAGCCAGGCUCCAGGAGGAGCAACGGCUGGGGCCGCAGCUGCAGCCACCACCCGGGCCUCCUCAAGGCCCCGGGAUCGUGCCCCCCGGCCCCAGCCCCUGAGCGGUUCACCUUGGAGAGCACACCUUGGAUGGGGCCUGCGGUGUGCUCCCUUCUGGGACACCCCACUCCCCAAAACGCGUGCAAUAAAGUGAUUCUCAGA